AUGCUGGUGUACCACCUGGGCGCCCUGCAGGGGCUCACACGCCCUGGCGACGCGGCGGACGCCUCCCGACCGGUCGCCUGCGCCGGCCGCCAUGCCGGGCCCGCCUGGCGCGCGGCCUUCCUCCCCGGAGGGUCGGUCCUCUCUUGCGGCGAGGACAGCAGCCUGGUGCAGGCCUGGCCCGCCACCCUCACCGACGACGCCGAUGCCGAGGUCGCUGGCGCGGAGGACCCCCGGCCGCCGGUGGUGUGGUCCACCCGCGGCACUCUCCCCCUCGGCGUCCGGGCCUUCGACUGUGCGCCGCUCGGGUGGUUCCCCCCCGGUGGCGCCGGCGGGGCCGCCCGGCGGCCCAGCACCGCCGACGGGCUGUCCCUGUGCGUGGUGGCGGUGCCGGACUGCGAGGCCCUCGGCUUCCUCGUGAUCCCCCACGACCCGCCCAUGUGA